CGCGUUCACUUCUACCCCAUGGUCUAUUCUUCUCCAUCUUCCAUCGCUGUCCCGCGAUGUCUUCGUCGUUCUCGCCUCGGUCUUCCAUCAGGUGUGUUGCAGGACCAUCUCAGGAAAAUACAGAUUUUAUGCUCCACACGAAUCGCAACUCAUAAGGUGUUUGUAAACGCAAGAAAGACAAUUCUUGUGAAAAAUGGUAGGAACCUUUUUUUUUUUUUUUUUUUUUUUUUUUUUUUUUGUAUAUUGAUAUCUUUUUUUUUUAGAGGAUAAAAAUAAUAAAUUUCAGUAUUUUUUUUUUUGAUAAGAACAUAGUUGUAAAAAUGAGAAAUAAUAAACCAUUUGUUGGUGAAUAUGCCUAAUCACUGUUAUCUUUUAUUUUUUAAUGUAAUAUUACUUUUCGAAAAAAUAAAAACAGAAAGACCCAAAUGUAUAUAUUUUUAUGUUGUAUAAAUAGACAUCCAUUAGAUAUACAAAGUCUUUCUUAUGAUGUUUUCAUUGACAAGUAUUGUUAUUUUAUGUUAUUAUUAUUAUUAUUUUUAUCUAUUAGAGCAUUAUUUUUUUCAAAAAAUAAAAACAAAUAUACCAAAAUAUCUUUUUGUGAUGUAAAAAUAGACAUCUAUAGAUGUUGCUAUAGGAAGUGUUUUAUUUUAUUAAAAAAAUUCCAGAAUUUAUUAUUUUUAGCCUUAAAAAAUGUUUUCAUAUUGAUGAAAAAAAAGGGAAUAAAGAAUUAUGUAUUCCUACCGUUCUCACGAGAAUUACUGAAUCCUUCAUUUUCAAAGUUGGCAAUAUAUAAACUUGCAUGGGGCAUCUUCAAAUUUUCAUCAAUACAAACAACAAGAAAUCGCCAAUUAAGAUUUGCAUUUACAUCAUGCAUCCUUGUGUUUUUAUAAUAUUCUCACUUCUCUUCUCAUGUCUUGAGACUACAACUGCCAACCAAUUGGCAGCAGUAGGAGGAGGAGAUGAUGAUAAUGGUGCUGUGAACAGGUGUUUUGAGAAGGAGAAAGACGCUCUCCUUCAUUUCAAAUCUCUCCUUCAAGACCCUUCUGAUUGUCUCUCUAUGUGGACAGCUGAACAAGACAACUGCUGUGAAUGGAGUGGAGUGACGUGCGACAGCAAAACAGGUCAUGUCACAGAGCUUGAUCUGAUGUUAUGUGGUCUUGUAGGUGAGAUUAGCCAUUCAUUGGUUAACUUAACCUACUUGAACUAUCUUGAUCUUUCCGGAAAUUCUUUUCAUGGAACCAUUCCUGCGAUCAUUGGUUCGUUGACUCAAUUAAGGUCCCUUUACCUUGGCUACAAUAAUCUUAAUGGAACCAUUCCCAGGUCCAUUGGUUCCUUGACCCAAUUAAGAGGCCUUUCUCUUUCCUACAACUCUCUAUAUGGAGCCAUUCCUCCAGAGUUCGGAAACCUCACCAACUUGGAAGGGCUUUACCUUUCAUAUGUUGGAAUGUGUAGACUUGAGAACCUUGAGUGGUUGUCUCCUCUGUCUCAUCUGGAGGGACUUGCAAUGGAUGGGAUUUCACUGGCCAAAACAAAUCAUUGGGUAGAUGUUAUUCUCAGUCUCCCGAAACUCUCGCUUUUAAGUUUAGAUGGAUGUGAGCUGUCACAGGUCAUUUAUCCAUAUUCUUCUUCAUUUCUCAACUCUUCUUCUUCAUCUAUUGAAGUCCUUUAUCUUGAAAACAACAGUCUCACCUCAUCCAUGUAUCGUUGGUUGUUCCCAUUAACCAGCAAUAGCCUUAUAUAUCUUGAUCUCUCUGGCAACAUGUUAGAUGGGAUACCCAAAUAUCUUGGUAACCUCUGUAGUUUGGUAAGUUUGAGAUUUGAUAGGAACUCUGCUGUUGUCACUUUUCCUGAUUUUCUCAACAACUUGUCUGGAUGCACAUCGCUUUCAUUACAAUUGUUAGUUGCUUCCAACAACCAAUUUACAGGGUCAUUGCCGGAUGAGAUCCAAAAGUUUACAUCCCUAACAUAUCUGUUUCUCUCUACGAAUCAAUUAAAAGGAACUAUAAGUAAGAAACUGUGGGAACUGCCCAACCUUAAAUAUCUUGAUCUAUCCAAAAACUCACUCCAUGGAUUUCCUUCCUCAGAUUACAUGUCAAACCAUUCUCAUAUAGAAUCUAUUCAACUAAGCUCUUGCAAGCUAGGGCCUCACUUCCCCAAAUGGAUUCAAAAGUUGAAAAACCUUACCAGUCUUGAUAUUGCAAAUAAUGGUAUUUCAGAUACUAUUCCUGUCGAGUUUUGGGGCUCGUGGCCAUCCCGGUUAACAUUCCUGAAUCUUUCUUCCAACAACAUAAGUGGGAAAGUACCAGAUCUGUCAUCAAUAUUUUACAACAAUUCAGUGAUAGAUUUAAGCUCCAACAGCUUUGAUGGUCUAAUAACUAAUGUCUCUUCCACUGUGGCAUUACUAAAUCUUUCCAGAAAUAAAUUUUCUGGAGGAAUCUCCUUUUUAUGUGAGGUUAUCCAUGGCUUUUUAGUUAUACUUGACCUCUCUCAUAACUAUCUAAGCGGACAAAUUCCAAACUGCUUGUGGCAUUUCAAAGAACUAAAAGUUCUUAAUUUAGAACACAAUAAUCUGUCUGGAAGGCUUCCUGCUUCUGUUGGAUCUAUGAUUAAGCUCGAGGCAUUGGAUUUAUACAAGAAUGAUUUCUCCGAAGAAUUUCCUUUGUCUGUUAAGAAUUGCACGAGCUUAAAAUCAUUGAAUUUGGGUGCCAACAAGUUUUCUGGAAAUUUGCCUGUUUGGAUCGGGGAAAGCUUAUCUGGGUUGUAUGUUCUUAUGUUAAGAUCGAACAACUUCUCUGGAAGCAUCCCUUUACAAUUAUGUCAAUUAGCAAGUCUUCAAAUUCUAGACUUGUCGGUUAACCAUUUCCAUGGAACCAUACCCUCAUGUUUGAGUAAUCUUACCAUCAUGGUGCAACAAGGUUUCCCUCAAGUACAAAAUUUAGAACGUGGAGUUUCAGUAUAUUCGUAUAAUGUUGACCAUGUGAUGAUCCAGUGGCAAGGAGUUGAACGUGAAUUCGUCAGAAGUAAUAUGGUAUUGUUGAGGAGCAUCGACCUGUCAAGCAACAACUUAACAGGGGAAAUCCCAUAUCAGAUUACCAAUCUUGAUGAACUGAUUGCACUCAACCUAUCAAAGAAUGCUCUAUAUGGAAAGAUUCCAUGGAACAUCAGUGAGAUGAAAAAUCUUUUAACUUUGGAUUUAUCUAGAAACAAGUUUUUAGGAGAAAUACCCUCAACCAUGUCUCAAAUGACCUUAUUGAGUUACCUAGACGUGUCGUGUAAUAACCUGUCAGGGAGAAUCCCAUCCAGCACACAACUUCAGUCCUUUGAUCCUUCAAGAUACAAAGGGAACUUAGGGCUAUGCGGACCUCCCCUUACCAAAAAAUGUCCUCUAGAUGAAGAAUCGGAAAUACAACACAACAUUGGUGAAAGUGAGGGUGAGGGUGAAGGUGUAGACGAACUUCAUGUAUUGGAUUUUGGAUAGCAUGUGGUGCUUUGCUCCUCAACCGCCGUGGAAGAUAUGCUUUUUUUAUGUUUCUUGAUAGCUUCAAAGAUUGGGUUUAUGUGAAGGUGGUGGUGUUCAUUGCAAAUUUACAAAAAAGAUAGAACAUAGAUAGUCAUGUAAAACCAUGUUUCAUUUUUGUAUUUGGCAUGGGUUUUUAAGUCCCAUUUAUCAAUAAAAUUGCCACCAACACCACGGGUGGCCAUUUUCACUGCUGUGUGAAAUAA